AUGGCGGAGCUCCCCGCCGCCCCGACCCCGGCCCCCGCUCUGCCUUUACCCCCUUCGGCUCCUCCGGGCGGUUCGCAGCGUCUCCUCUUCUCCCACGACCUGGUAUCCGGCCGUUACCGCGGUUCGGUGCGUUUCGGCCUGGUUCGCCUCAUCCACGGCGAAGACUCCGAUUCGGAAGAAGAGGAAACGACGACGGCGGCACCGGGGGGCGGCGGCCGGGGAGCGGGGGGAGCAGCCAGCUCGGGGGGCUCGGAAUCGGGCGGCCCAGGAGCGGGCGGCACGGAGGAGGGCCGCGCCAGUCCGCUGCGGCGGGGCUACGUGAGGGUGCAGUGGUACCCGGAGGGCAUCAAGCAGCACGUCAAGGAGACCAAGCUGAAGCUUGAAGAUCGCUCUGUGGUCCCUCGAGAUGUGGUCAGACAUAUGAGCUCCAGUGACAGCCAGUGUGGGACUGUAAUUGAUGUCAACAUAGAGUGUGCGGUGAAGCUGGUAGGAACCAACUGCAUCCUAUACCCUGUCAACAGCAAAGACCUGCAACAUAUCUGGCCCUUCAUGUAUGGUGACUACAUAGCCUAUGACUGCUGGCUGGGCAAGGUAUAUGAUCUGAAGAACCAAGUCAUCCUUAAGCUUUCCAACGGAGCCAGGUGUUCUAUGAGCACAGAAGAUGGAGCCAAGCUGUAUGACGUCUGUCCUCACGUCAGUGACUCGGGUCUCUUCUUUGAUGAUUCAUACGGCUUUUAUCCUGGGCAAGUCCUCAUCGGGCCUUCUAAAGUCUUCUCCAGUGUACAAUGGCUCUCGGGUGUGAAGCCAGUUCUGAGCACAAAAAGCAAGUUCCGAGUGGUGGUGGAAGAGGUGCAGGUGGUAGAACUAAAGGUUACUUGGAUCACUAAAAGCUUCUGUCCCGGAGGUACUGACAGUGUGAGUCCUCCACCCUCAAUAAUCAGCCAGGAGAACCUGUCCAGGGUAAAGCGUCUGGGGUGCUUUGACCAUGCCCAGAGGCAGCUUGGAGAAAGGUGCCUCUAUGUGUUCCCGGACAAAGUGGAACCUGCAAAAAUCACCUGUGAAUGCCCAGAGAGGAACUGUGUCCUGGGUGAAGGAUCAGUUGCCAAAAAGGUGAGGAGACUGCUGAAGAAGCAGAUAGUGAAGAUCAUGUCGUGCUCCCCAGAAUCUCAGGGUACCUCUGAAGCCCAGGACAAAGAGCCUGCUCCAGCUGCUGACCAAAAAUCAGAAGACCUUAAGCCUGGCUCAAAGUGUGAACUGGAGGACUCUUCCAAUGGUGCGCCAAGUGUAGGGGAGAGGAAGGAGGAGCAGCCUGAAGAAACAGGGAAGGACAAAGGGGGAGCAGCAGUGAGACAGCAACCUCCCUUUCUGCUGAAAGAUGAGGGAUCAGCUGAUUACAGGCUGCAGUCCAUGGAGCAGGAUGCUGAUGAUGAGGCAGCUGAUGACACAGAUGAUACGAGCUCUGUCACCUCCUCUGCCAGCUCCACGGCCUCAUCCCAGAGUGGCAGCGGCACCAGCCGCAAGAAAAGCAUCCCCCUUUCCAUCAAAAACUUGAAGCGGAAGCACAAGAAGAAGAAGACCAAGAUCUCAAGAGAAUUUAAGCCAGGAGACAGGGUUGCAGUGGAGGUGGUGACCACGAUGACUUCAGCUGACGUGAUGUGGCAGGAUGGCACUGUGGAGACCAACAUUCGUUCCAAUGAGCUGAUUCCAGUCCAUCAUCUGGACAACAACGAAUUCUGCCCUGGGGAUUUUGUGGUGGACAAAAGAGCUCAGAGCUCCCAGGACCCUGGUGUGUAUGGAGUCGUGCAGUCUGGUGACCACAUCGGCCGAACCUGUGUGGUGAAGUGGUUCAAGCUGAAAUCCAGUGGAGAUGAUGUGGAGCUGAUUGGGGAGGAGGAAGAUGUGAGUGUUUAUGACAUUGCUGACCACCCAGACUUUCGCUUCCGCACCACUGACAUCGUGAUCCGCAUCGGCAAUUCGGACGGAGCCACGGCUAAUGAGGAUGAGCCUUCUGUCGGGCAGGUGGCUCGUGUGGAUGUCAGCAGUAAAGUGGAGGUGGUGUGGGCUGAUAACUCCAAGACCAUCAUCCUGCCUCAGCACUUAUACAACAUUGAGUCGGAAAUUGAGGAGUCAGACUAUGAUUCUGUUGAUGGCAGCACCAGCGGGGCGUCCUCUGAGUGGGAGGAUGAAAGCGACAGCUGGGAGACGGACAACGGCCUCAUGGAGGACGACCACCCAAGAAUUGAGGAGUUAGAGCCCGAGGAGCCAGCAGCAGAGGAGGUAAAAAAAGUAGAGGAACAAGUCCAGGGAGCUGUGGCUAUGGCAGUUGCAGAUCUUGCUGCAGAGAAAGCUGGCAAGGAUGGAGCCCCGAAGAGCUUCAGGGAGCUGAAGGAAGCCAUCAAGAUCUUGGAAAGCCUGAAAAAUAUGACUGUGGAGCAGCUGCUGACUGGCUCUCCCACCUCCCCGACUGUGGAGCUGGAAAAACCCACUCGGGAGAAGAAAUUCUUGGACGAUAUUAAAAAGCUGCAGGAAAAUCUCAAGAAAACCUUGGAUAACGUGGCUAUUGCAGAGGAGGAAAAGAUGGAAGCCAUGGUGGAGACGGAGAAGAAAGAAGAAAAAGCAGAGGCACAGACACCAGUGAGGUCAGAGUGGCCCAGCGAGACACCAGUGCUGUGCCAGCAGAGUGGGGGCAAACCUGGAGUCACCUUCACCAGUGCCAAGGGAGAGGUGUUCUCUGUGCUGGAGUAUGCUCCAGAUAGUCAUGCCUUCAAGAAAAUGGAGUUCCAGCCCCCGGAAGCAAAGAAGUUCUUUAGCACUGUGAGGAAGGAGAUGGCUCUGCUGGCCACCUCCCUGCCAGAUGGCAUCAUGGUUAAAACCUUUGAGGAUCGAAUGGACCUCUUCUCAGCACUUAUAAAAGGCCCCACACGCACGCCCUAUGAAGAUGGCCUCUUCCUCUUUGACAUCCAGCUCCCCAACAUCUACCCUGCUGUGCCACCUCUCUUUCGCUACCUCUCCCAGUGCAGCGGGAGACUGAAUCCCAACCUGUAUGACAAUGGCAAAGUGUGUGUCAGCCUCCUGGGGACGUGGAUAGGCAAGGGGACGGAAAGGUGGACCAGUAAAUCCAGCCUCCUCCAAGUACUCAUCUCCAUCCAAGGUCUCAUCCUAGUGAACGAGCCCUAUUACAACGAGGCAGGCUUUGACAGCGACCGGGGCCUUCAGGAGGGCUACGAGAACAGCCGCUGCUACAACGAGAUGACUCUGAUCCGGGUGGUGCAGUCCAUGAUGCAGCUGCUGCGCAGACCCGUGGAGGUUUUCGAGCACGAAAUCCGCGAGCAUUUCCGCUGCAACGGCUGGCGCCUGGUGUCCCGCAUCGAAUCCUGGCUGGAGACCAACGAGCUGGUGGAAAAGAGCCACGAGCAGAGCAACGGGGCGGAUUCUGCCUCCCUGCUGUCUGCGGGCAGCGCCCUGGCCGAGAGUCCCGGAGACACCGUGGGGGAGCGCGGCGGUGCUGAGCUGGGAGCGGCGGCUGAAUUCUCCGACUCGGCGCCGGAUGGGAAGGAGGAGCUGGACGAGGCGGAAUUCGCGACCUCGGCGCCUGGCGAUGUCCACCAGUACUCAGACUCGGAGAGCGCGGGCCGAGCCAGGGGGGUGGACCUGGCCAGAGACCGAACGGACGAGGGGAAGGCUGCCCAGGACUCUGCCUCGCAGCCGAGCGUCAAACCAAAGAAAAGGAGAAAGAGCUACAGGAGUUUCCUUCCGGAGAAGAGCGGUUACCCCGAUAUUGGGUUCCCCCUCUUCCCUUUGUCCAAGGGGUUCAUUAAAAGCAUCCGUGGUGUCUUGCAGCAGUACCGGGCUGCCUUAGCAGGGGCCAAUAUCCCAGAGUGGACAGAGGAGAAAUAGACCGUCGGGUUAGGGACAGGCAGGUGCAGAGGAGAAGGGAAAGCAGCAGAAAGGAAAUUGGCAAAUGCUGUUACCAGUAAACUGGCUUCUCCUUCCAGCUUUUCUUCCUCAGCUUGGUUUGUUCCAAAGAAGGUGGUAGGCCUGAUUUGCUCCUCCGAGGAAAGGUUGUCUACGCAUGAAUUUGCCCCCAGCCCUCCUUCCUUCCCCCUGCCCCACACAUGUGCUCCUCUUGCGAGUUUGACCCUGCAGUGGUAAGAUCGGAGACCCGCACAGAAGCAUCUUGCAGCCACGUUCCCUCUGCACUUUCAUCUUGGGGCACCUUUCCACGCAGACUUUUCCCACCCAGCGGAUUCUGCUGCUGGGGUUCGAGCCAGAAGUGAUUGCUGUAGGAUCUGGAAGCGAAGGGCGCUGCCCUCUUUCAUUUUUCUCCGCAUUACCGUGGGUUUUCUGAAGUCUACCCAAGCUCAGACGUUGGAUUGUUUGCAUUGAAGUUGUCUGCACCGUACGGAGUUGCUCUAGUCGUAGUCGUUCACCGAUAGCUAUGAGGUUCUUCUGAUCAGAACUGAAUGGGCAGAACCAGAACUCUGUGCUGCCCUGGUAGUGCCGUGGGGUUUCCAUCUGCUCCUGCGACUUCUGCUCUUUUCUUCUGGAAUCAGCUCCACCAUCCACAGCCUAUUCUCCGAGUAAGGCGGACUUCCCUCUCCCCACCAUGCAUGCCUGUCCUCUAGAAGUACACGAGAUGCAGGGUUCUGCCUCUUUACUUGCUCAGCUGUCUGAAUCUUCCCUUCGGUCCUCCCUGGCAGCACUGGGUGCACCUCAGCUCUCAGCCUUGCCUGGCUGGGGGGGGAGCACGGCACACCUGCUGCCUCUCCAUCACCUGCUGCUGCUGGGUCUGGGGGGCUUUCUGAGCCAGGGCCGCCCGUAGGACAGGAGCUCAUGCAGUGUGGCCGACUCCUGUGGGAGCAGCACUUUGUGGUGGUUCCUCAACCAGUAACUGGAGCACAUCACACACUGGCACGGGCUGCUGCUCUUUCCCCCCCCGGCCAACUGUUUCCUGCGACUGCCCAAACCUGCUGUGGCUGGUAGGGUUGUGGGCACAGCACAUCCUAUCUGUGUGCUGCUACACUGCUGCUGGGCCUCUGGGAAACAGCUGGCAGGGCAGCAGAGCACUGAUGGAGCUGGUGACCUUCAGCACUUUGCAGCAGUGACCUGCAGGAGCAGCAGCCUCCUGGCUGGGUACCUUGCUGGAGCCUUUGUGUGCACGCACUUAAUGUUCACUUCUGGAGCUGGGGAGCUCAACACUGCUGCACCCACAGGAGCAGUCAGGCUGUGGGGAGCUGGGGGAGUUCAGCAGUAAGGAUGGAGGCAGAUCCCCUCUGUCAGUGUGGCUGCGUUCCCUCCAUCCCAGCCUGGACGCGGCCUUCUGACACCCAGCCCAGCAGUUUGCUCUCAGCAUCUCCCUGCUGUGCUUCCGACCCGCACUGUGGCUGUCCUUCACCCCCUCCACACGGCUGGGAAGGAGCCGGCACCCAGUGCUUUUGGUCAGAGGGAGAAAAACCCUCCAUGGCCACAGCUUGACUGCUGGCCCAGCUCUGUGUCCCUUUGCUCUCACCAGAACACGAUGCUGCCAUGGGGGGCAGCGUGAGCUGCUCAGAGAGGCCUGUGCCAGGUUUUCCCCAUCGCUUUCUCUUCCACUGAUGAUCAGCAAAGAGCGUUGGCCCAGGGCCCCCCCGGGAGCAGGCAUUGCCCUGCAGGGGGGCUCAGCCCCCACCACAGCACGGAGGUUUACAGAUUUUCUAAGCUUUUGAUAAUGUGAAGCUCCCUGGUGACCAGGUUGGUGGUGAGCACACUGCAGCUAUGUCAUUUUUUUUUUUCGUGUAUGUAUGUAAUAUUUAAGGGUAACAAAAAAGGCUUAAAACCUUAAAAAAAAUAAAUAAUAAUAAUGAUAAUAAUUAAAAAGACACAAAAAAAGAAAAAAAAAAAAAAAGCCAAAGCAUGAUGAUGCAUAUUGUUAGCCUUAAAACUGGCUACACGACUGUGUGAUGUACAAAUCCGAGCAGCCUGUAACUGUUUUAAGUGCUGGGGUUGGGGGAGAAGCAUUACAAAAUCAGUUUGUAGCCUUUGAAUUCUGUACAGUAUUUAAAUGAAGAAAACAAAACCAAACCAGACCCGACCAUUGAGGCCAUGCUUAGAGGUGUGUCGUUCACGUGCAGAUGUGGAUGCUUGGUUGCUUACCGAUAUAUGUAUAAAGUGCUGUGUGACCAUUAAAACUUUUUUUACCUGCAGAAUUAUUUUUUUGUUGGUGGUGGUUUGGCUAACCGAGGUGUAAUAAAGGAGGGAAGAUGACUUGCCAUUAAAUUCCGCCUCUGUGAGUA